AAACUAAUGUUCUGUAACAUGAAAAAAAUUACGACCUUGACUUCCAUGAGGAGCCUGAGUUUCGUUGAACUAGUUAGACUAGGGUUUACCAUUCAUCUAAUUUGCAGUUGAAAAUGGCGGAUGCUUCUUCUUCUUCUUCUUCUUCCAACGAUCAUCGGUCAGUUGGAGAUCCUGCUGCUAAUCUUCCUCGCACAUUCAAGUAUCUAUUAGCCACACAGUUUUUGUCCCGUGGAAUCCCUUUCAUCUUCAAUUCAUGGAUUGUCAGACAUUUAACCCAGGAAGAUUACGCUCUGUAUGCUGUGCAGUUUCAUCUAUUCGUCACUUGUGUCUUGUUCCUUAGCCGAGAGGGUUUCAGGAGAGCAUGCAUGAGGGCAGACAUUAGAGGCAAAGGUGCUUUAACCAGUGAAAAUGCAGCACAGCUUUUGAAAUUAGCAUGGAUAACUCUCCCCUGGGGAGUGUUUAUUACAAUAGUUGGAUGUGUAUUUGUCUUUUGGACGCAAGCUUUAAGUUUCUCAAACUCAUAUGGGCAAGCCAUUCUAAUUAAUGCAUUUGCUUGUGUUUUGGAGCUUAUGGCAGAACCCUUCUAUAUACUUUCACAGAAUUUGCUUCUUCUUAAACUUCGAUUGAUGGUUGAAACGGUGGCAACUCUUCUGCGAUGCAUAACAGUUUACAUCUUUAUUGUCAUGCAAAUUGACACUGAGAGAGCUAUUGUAUUUGCAUUGUCUCAGACUGCAUAUGGAGCUUGCAUUUUCUUGUGCUAUUGGGGUUAUUUUCUGCUUGUGCAUGAGUAUACAAUUUAUGUUCUCUUUCCUUUCAGGGUAGGAAACUAUGAUAAACAGCUCUCAAAAAUGUGUACAUUAUUCACCCUCCAGUCAUUCCAGAAAUUGAUUCUUCAAGAAGGAGAAAAGAUGGUCCUUGUGUGGUUUGAUACACCAUAUAACCAAGCUGUAUACGGCCUCGUAGACAAACUAGGUAGCUUAGUUGUGAGGUUGGUGUUGCUUCCUUUUGAAGAAAGUUCGUAUUCAACAUUUGCAAGGUCUGCAUCAGGAGAAGACAUGCAGAAGAAAAGGAAAUUACAGACUUCUCUAAGAGAUGCUCUGAAGCUUGUUAUGUUAGUUGGAUUGGUGUUCAUGGCAUUUGGCCCCAGCUAUUCUUAUACUCUUAUAAGAUUGUUAUAUGGUCGCAAAUGGAGUGAUGGAGAAGCCUCUGCAGCUCUAAAAUAUUACUGUUUGUAUGUCGUCGUUCUAGCUAUGAAUGGAACAUCUGAAGCUUUCUUGCAUGCAGUAGCGACCGAGGAUCAACUCAAGCGUUCAAACAAUUUCCUGGUUUUGUUUUCAUCUAUUUAUGUUAUCCUCAACAUUCUGCUCAUUCGGUCAGCUGGUGCAAUUGGAUUGAUUUUCGCAAAUGCUCUGAAUAUGGUUUUCCGUAUAAUUUACUCUGCCACAUUUAUCAGACGUUACUUUCAGCAGGAUUCUUCUUCGUCUUUUUCUUUCCACAGCUGUUUACCUGGUGGUUGGACGAUUCUGUUGUUUUCAAGUGCAGCCACUCUUAUUUCCGAGAAAGUAUUUCUGGACCGUGAUAACUUUUUGCCAACAUCUUGCAUUCACUUUUUUAUUGGGUUCACUUGCUUCUGCAUUGCAUCAUUUGUAAUUUACCGGAGGGAGAGAUCUUUCAUCAACAAAGUUGUCCGCUUCCGUGAACAUUCUGACUGAAACAAAAAGUUUUGAAGGUAUCUGGCUGGCAUGAAAAAAAAAACCGUUGCGGCACAAUAUUGAAUCUACUUUAUUUCAGGUAUCAAGAAGAAUCUAACAUCAGUCUUUUUGUUAGUCAUGUUCAUGUAGAGAAAUGCUCCAGGAUACCCUUGAAUGACUUGCAAACCAUGAGUAUAAAGUUUUAUAAAAUUUCAAUUGAUUGAUUAGCUUUAUAACCAAUGUUAGUGCUAUAAUAUUGCUUUUAAACUACGUAAUGAAUUUGAUUUAAGACUUAUGUAAUAAGAAGCAGUAUCUGCACACCAUUUUGUUGGAGCAGUUAGCCGCUCUGACUCCGUUUUUCUGUCCUUUUUAAUAUUUAAUAGUGAUAAUCUUUGCAUAUACAA